AGCGUUCCACAGGGAUGCUGGCCCAUGUUGAUUCAAUGCUUCUCACAGUUGUAUUAAGUUGGCUGGAUGUCCUUUGGGUGGUGAACCAUUCUUGAUAUGGAUAGGAAACUGUUGAGCGUGGAAACCCUGCAGUGCUGUAGUUCUUGACACACUCAAACCGGUGCACAUGGCACCUACUACAAUACCCCAGUUCAAAGGCACUUAAAAUUUUGUCUUGCCCAUUCACCCUCUGAAUGGGGCACAAUCCAUGUCUCAAAGCUUUAAAAUCCUUAAUUAACCUCUCCUCCCCUUCAUCUGCACCAGGGCUGCCCAACCCUCUUCCUGGAGAUCUACUGUCCUGUGGGUUUUCAGUCCAACCCUAAUUUAACACCUGAUUCUACUAAUUAGCUGCUCAACCAGACCUUAACUAGCUGAAUCUGAUAUGCUAAAUUAGGGUUGGACUGAAACUUCAUGACAGAUUACCAGGAAGAGGGUUGGGCAGCCUUGAUUUACACUGAAGUGGAUGUAACAGUUGGCAUCAUAGCUUUCACUUGGUCAGUCUGUCAUGGAAAGAGCAGGUGUUACUAAUGUUUUGUACACAUGUAUAUGCCAUCGGUCCCAUGAUUGGAAUUGGUUCCUUUAGAAGAGAGUUGGUUAAGGCUCGCAAUAAUACUUUUUGCCAAAUAGGGGUGUUUACAACUGUAGAGAUUGAGUUUGGACAUUCAGAACUGGAUCCACAACCAUGCUGUGCCAUAACUGUCCAGGCCUAUUUGUGGUAGUAUUUUCAAAUGUAACUCCUCAGAGGUGUACUACACAUUAAAACCCCUAUGCAGCUAGGGGAAUGCUUCUGACAAAGAACAGAAACCAGGGAUUAUUCUUCUGCUGCCACAAAUGUAAUUGAGGGGCAACUGCAGGAGCAGGGGUUGAACCAGUGACCCUGUGGAUCAAGGCAUGUGCACUACAACCUGUGCCAUAAAAGCAAAAAUCCUAUCUAAGCAUGCUCAGGCCAGGAAGAUUACACAUGGGUCAGGAUAAAGAUGAGUGACAGGAGUGACGUUUUUGGAAAAAGUGGACCCUUGCCUUUGGCUGAUCCAUUUGGAGUUUCAUGGUGGGUGAAAACAGUUAGCUGCUGUGGAAUUGGUGAGGGGAACCAGAAGUGGUCUUGUGAUGAUUGUGUUUCUGCUGGUCAGAGGGAGCAGGUGCUCUGCUAAACGAAUGGGGGCAAGAGAUGUGAAUUGUUUUGCUCUCAAGAAAAGAGCGCCAUUAAAAUGAGUGACUUAUUUACAAAGUUUUUGGAACAUAUUCCUGUUGGAACGUUCCACAAAUUACACCCACCCUCCUGUAUGAUUUUUUUGUACCAAAUACAUUACACUGUUACAGGUGCCACGUUUAUGGGCAUGUGGCAGCAGUGUGGAGGAGGGAGGAUCCUAGGUGUGCAGAAGGGCAUGAGACAAAGGAAUGUGUAGCAUUGGGGAAAGUAGUGUUAAUUGUAGGGGUGCCCAUGUGGCUGGGGAUCAGAAAUGUCCCGUGCGAGAAGCAGGUUGAGGUUUCCAGGGUAAGAAUAGUGCAGAAGUUGUCAUAUGCUGAGGCAGUGAAGAAAGUAGAGGAAGGUCAAGGGGGAGGGAGAGGAGUGCUGUGAGUAUUAGAUCUGUACCAGUACAGAGGGAUAAACCAACAAGUGAUAUAUGUUUCAGGAAGAUUGUAUUUUUGGCAUUUAUAGCAAUGGUUAUCAACUGUACUGCAGGGAUGGAACGUAGUCACAGAAACUAGGUUGUGGUGGCAGCUGCAAAGAGCACUUUCUGUUUUUGAUUUGGGGGAACUGAUGCCCUUGUACCUUGUCAGAGAAAAGAAUCAAGGAUGUAUUAGGAACUUUGAUGGAUGCCAACCGCUUUGAUGGAUUUCCUCAUCGGAAAAGGCUUAGGAACUUUGACACCGGAAGUGGUCGCUGUUUAGAACAAGUGCAUGAAUCCGUGGAACCAUCAGCUAGCCAAAGCUCUUUUGAAUGUUAUAGAGACGGGGAGAAUUGCAGGCCUUUGAGACGGCCAGUCAAGUGAACGCUUCAUAAUUUGAGGACAUGGAGCAGAACAACAGUUUGCCUCCUUUCCAGGGUCUUGCCUCCCCUCAGGGGGCAAUGACUCCUGGUAUGCCCAUUUUCAGCCCCAUGAUGCCCUAUGGCAGUGGUCUGACUCCCCAACCUGUCACGAACACAAACAGCCUGUCUCUCCUGGAAGAGCAGCAGCGGCAACAACAGCAGCAGGCUUCGUCCCAGCAGGCUGGGGUGCCAGGGGGUUUGGGACAGACACCACAGCUUUAUCACUCCCAAACGGUCACCACCACCACACUGCCAGGAAACACUCCCCUCUACACCGCUACACCGCUAACCCCCAUGACACCCAUCACACCUGCCACUCCUGCCUCUGAGAGUUCUGGGAUUGUCCCUCAGUUACAGAACAUCGUAUCCACUGUGAACUUGGGCUGCAAACUUGACUUGAAAACAAUAGCACUACGAGCUAGAAAUGCUGAGUACAACCCCAAGCGAUUUGCUGCUGUAAUCAUGAGAAUACGAGAGCCAAGAACAACUGCACUUAUCUUCAGUUCUGGAAAAAUGGUUUGCACGGGAGCCAAAAGUGAAGAGCAGUCCCGCCUAGCGGCCAGGAAAUAUGCCAGAGUUGUGCAGAAGUUGGGCUUCCCAGCCAAAUUUCUUGAUUUCAAGAUUCAGAACAUGGUGGGCAGCUGUGACGUCAAAUUCCCCAUUCGGUUAGAGGGACUUGUACUAACUCACCAACAGUUCAGCAGUUAUGAACCUGAGUUGUUCCCUGGGCUAAUCUACAGAAUGAUCAAACCCAGAAUUGUCCUGCUGAUAUUCGUUUCAGGCAAAGUUGUAUUAACAGGUGCAAAGGUCAGAGGAGAAAUUUAUGAAGCAUUUGAAAACAUCUACCCCAUCUUGAAAGGAUUCAGGAAGACGACGUAAAUAUUUAUGCCUGCAAUCUUUUUUAUUUUAUUUUUUUAAUAGUCACAGGGGAACUUGCUCUGUUGUGACUCGUUACAUUGAGACUCUGAUUGAACCUGUACAUUUUAAUCGGCAAGUCGGGGACCCCUCCUAAUCACCUUAAUGGUGAUUUGAUAAAAGGGGAAAUGCUGUAUUUUAGCAGUUUUAUUUGUUUUUAAAUGACUCUUGCUUGAUAUUAAAUGAGGCCGUCUGACUGACAAUUUCUUUUUAUUGAAGCAUUUAAUUUUUCUAAUAUAGGUUUUAAGAUGUUAUCCUAUCAUUUCUCAGUGCAUGUUUGUCCACACAACCCUACAAGCAGACAUUCAAGAUUACUAACCUUAUUCUUUAAAUGGUUUUUACAGUCAAUUUAACUGUUAUGAAUAAUCUCCAGAUUGAAUGUUACUUAGGAUUGUGUUGCAAGGCUUACAAAUUUGUCAUUAUUGUGAUAAUAUUUUUUGUACAUAUUCCAUUUUGAUAACUCUUUGCUGCUGAAGUAAAAAGAAUGGUGUAACAUGGAGUGGAACAUUCAUCAUGCAACCUUGUGCAUCUGAGUUUUAUUAGUAACUAUGUACCUCGGAUGUCUUUUCUCAUUCAGUUUUUGGUCAUUUUAAGUGCUAUUUAAGAACAGUCAUGUUUUAAUGCUAAAAUAGACAAAUCAAUUCACUGUGGAUUUUGUUUCAAUAGUUGAUACGUACUGUAUAUUUGGUCUACCAACUAAGCACACGUAAGCAGUCAGUCAUUAUGUUCUUGUUUUAAAUGUUAUUUUGCUCCAUUGUGCACAAUUAAAUAUUCACAUACCAA